CCGGUGUCGCCGGCCGCCAUGUUUUAUUUAGCGUCGUUUGAUUGUUGACGGACGACGUAUGAGUGCAAUAAAUUUUCAUGAAAAAUAGAAGAAGUCAUUUGCAUCUUUAGUGCUAUUGACUAUUUUAUUAAAGAAUUUAAUGAUGGCGGAGAGUUUUGAUAAAAAUGGGUACAACAGCGGCGAAUUUAAAAGAGAACCGAGGCAACCCGAAGACUGCGGGCCGAUGGACCAAGAUGGCGAUGAAGGAUUGAAAUUGAAUGAUAAAGCCGAUGAAUACAUGAGGGAAUUGUUGAGUGAGAAGAUUAAACUCAAUAACCAGAAAUUCCCUAUCUCGUCCAAACUUAUUGACCAAGAGGUGUCAAGGGUACAAACCACAGGCAGGAUUCCCGCCAAAGACACCAAGUACAUGGAUGUCUUCCGCGAGAAGCCUGUCAAAGUUACAGUUAAAGUUUUGGUGCCGAUCAAAGAACAUCCUCAGUUCAAUUUUGUGGGCAAAUUACUUGGGCCCAAAGGCAACACAAUGAAACAAAUGCAAGAAGAGACCAUGUGCAAAAUGGCAGUUCUAGGACGAGGAUCAAUAAGGGACAGGAGAAAGGAAGAAGAACUCCGUAACAGCUUAGACCCUAAAUACUCGCACUUGUCAGACGAGCUCCACGUCGAGAUAUCAGCAUUAGCGCCCCCUGCUGAGGCGCAUGCGAGGAUCGCAUACGCACUGGCAGAGGUCAAGAAAUACCUGGUCCCUGACGGCAUGGAGAUGAUGAGGCAUCCGCCUAUUAGGGAACUGAUGGACAGAGCCGGCCCGCCCAGGCCGCCGCCGGGUCGUGCGCCGCCUCGCAUGCCGCCGGCGCCGCCGAUGCCACGCGGCAUGCCCGGCAAGACUAAGGUGAUCAGCAUCCUGGACCGCGCUCGCAACGCCAUGGAAAACUCCUACGGGGGCUAUGAAGACCCGUACGCUAUGCCGCCCGAGCCGCCGGCGCCUUCCCAGGUGUCCCGCCAACCGCGCGGCCCACCCAGAGCCUCCGAACAAGAGUUCUACUACGAUCGUCCCGACCGCUACUACGACGAGGGCUUCUACAAGCAAGAGGAGAGGCCCUUCAAGGCAUCAGCUCGUGAUGUGGGCACCCGCAGGCCCCAGCCGCGGCCAUACCAGCGCCACGAGCCCUACGCGCGUCCCAAGUAACUGAGUAGGAUUCGUCAUCAAAGAGGCAGCGAUCACAGCAAUAGCUUGGUGAGUACAGCAGCUUAAAAGAAAAACCCUAAACUUCAAGAAAAAAACAAGACAAAAAUAACAAAAAAAAUACUAGGAUACGCAAAAGCACCCCAUCCCAUGGACGUCGAAAGUACACAUUCUAAAAUUAAGAAUUUAAAAUAACUUUUCUUGGACCCCAACAUUGUUCGGUUCAAAUAAUUAUUAUUAACAAUUGGUACAAUACCAAACUAUUGACGGAAAAUACACACAAAUGUGUAACUGGGAAUAGAAUUAAACUUAUAUUUUUUAAUUAAGAAUAUCUUAGUUUUAGUUCAAACAUGAAAAUUUGAGUUAUGCUUACAGUGAGAAAAACUAAAAUUUUGGAUUAUAUCACUAUUAAAAAUUAAAUUACCUUCGGUAGUUUCGAAAGAACAAAAACUUUUACUAAAUCAAAUAUUGUAUUAAUUAAGAAGUUUGAAAUUAGUGUUAGAUUAAAUAAAAAUUAUAAUUUCAACAUGUUUUGAUUAAAUAAACAACAUAAAAUUACUAUCCACUAGUAAUAAAAAGGGAGGCAGGGGCGCAAAAGAUAGUAACACCAUAAAAAUAUCAAAAUGUAACAAAUUGUUAUUAAACAUCUUAAACGUAGCCCCUCCUCUUUCAAUUAAUGUUAAAACAUGUUGAACAUAAUUCAUUUUUAGGCAAAAAUUAUGUAUCGCAUCUUUGUGUGACUAUGAAAUAAAUAGUAUUAAAAAUAAAA